CGAAGGCGGUGCCCGGACACGGGAGUCGCUUGCAAGCAUAAAAACUAGCACUGGGCCGAGAGCUGGGCAGCGGUCUCGCACAGUGCGUGCGGUCCCGCGCCCCUAAGUCUUCUAGUGAACCUAUCCCCCCACGGCCGCGCGCGGUGGUAGGAGCCGCGCGACGUCACCCAUUGUUUACAAAUCAAGCCGAGCCGGUAGCGUUCCGGCUCCCGCGGCUCUAAGGCGCGCGGUGCCACUGCCCGGUGGUCCCGGCUUCUUCGGUCCCAGGCUCGGCACCCGCCCAGCCCGGGCCUCCGCCCCGCUCCCGCCCCCGCCCCAGCCGCGGCCCGACGAGCCCGCGGCCAACCAAGCGGCCAGAGACGCCCGCACAGCCGCGGGGGCCCGGGCGGGGGGCCAUGCCGUGCCGGAGGGAGGAGGAGGAGGAGGAAGCCGGCGACGAGGCGGAGGGGGAGGAGGACGACGACAGCUUCCUCCUGCUGCAGCAGUCGGUGACUCUGGGCGGCUCGACCGACGUGGACCGGCUCAUCGCCCAGAUCGGCGAGACGCUGCAGCUGGACGCGGCGCACGAUAGUCCGGCCUCGCCGUGUGCCGCCCCGGGUCCCCCACCCGCGCCCCCGGUCCUGGCGGCGCUGCCGGCGGACAAGGUCGGGGGCCCAGCGAGGCUGCUGCGGCCGGCAGCAUCAGCGGAGGCCGGAGACCCUGCGCCCCCGGGGGCGGUGCGCUGCGUGCUGGGGGAGCGCGGGCGGGUGCGGGGCCGGGCGGCGCCCUACUGCGUGGCAGAGAUCGCCCCGGGCGCCAGCGCGCUGCCCCGGCCUGGGCGGCGAGGGUGGCUCCCCGGCGCCUUGGCUUCUCGGAGAAUCCAGCAGCGGCGGUGUACCGCAAGCGGAUCGCGCGCAGCGGACGACGACCCUCACCGGCUCCUGCAGCAGCUCGUGCUCUCCGGAAACCUCAUCAAGGAGGCGGUGCGCAGGCUCCAGCGAGCGGUCGCCGCGGUUGCGGCCACGAGCCCCGCGAGCGCCCCGGGUUCCGGGGGUGGCCGAAGUGGACCGGACUCAGUCACCCUGCAGCCCUCGGGCUCCUGGCUCUGACCCGGGGUCUCUGGAGGAGGAAGAGGACGCGACUACGCGGUUCCAACAGUGUCUUGCCCGGGACAGUAUGGAGAUGAAGCUGUCGUCCAUCCCUCGGGUUACAGCCUCAAAGUUACCGGCCGUGAGAGGCUGUUAGAGAAAACGGACUCGACUGAGCAGCACCGGCAGCCGAGAACCUGGGAUCUACCGGGAGAACUGUGGCAGCUACUUGAUCCACUUGGAACUGACUUAGCCCUUGGGCAUCGUGUGCUUGGAUUGUUUAUAGAUGUGUCUCGCAGGGGCGGGAAUUGGGAGGGCUUCUAACAAUACUUGAAAACCAAAAGUAGGCAUAUAUGAUCUCGUUAUUUUCGGGUAGAGAAGCUUUCUGAAUAUGGUGCUACAAUUGCAGACUAGAGAGGGUCUAGGGUGAAGAACAUAAAAAGUUGGCAGAUGGGUGGGUUGGCAACGCUUGCUUUCUCCUGCUUAAUUUGUGGUUGUGAAGGUGGGCGAUGGAACCUAGUUGGUGAAUUCCCAAAGGUGGGGAGAGAUGAGUUUAAGUGCAAAUGACUUGACCUUGCCAGCUUGGACUCAAGGUCAGGUUGAUUGAGUCGGGUGUUGAGGGAUUCUUGGGAGCACUAACCCAGUGUCUUUUUCUGGAUCCAAUCACAGACCUAAGUGUCGCUUUGCCACCGCUUGGAGUCUCCCGAGGACUCAGAGGCCGACAGGGCUGUGUAGGGAGAGUUAUUUGCGUUUUCUGUGCUUUUCUUUCCCAGAACUCCUCCUCCUGCUAGGCCACUCUUGGCCAUAGCACCAGCUUUCUCAGAAAUGGUCAUAAACAACUCCUGACCUCCCUGCACCCGCCGCCUGAUGUGUUUGUGGUGUGUGUGGAUUGGGAUGAACCCAGUGGGUACACUUUUCUGUUCCUUUGGCCCUCUGCAGAGUUGGUGGGAGUCUCCCGCUUUCCUCACCUGUCAGUUCUUGGUGACUGAAACUGUUUUUUUAAAAAUAUGAUUCCGGGAGGAGAAAGUGCUGGCUUUUCCCCUUGUGAAACCCAAGGGCACCGUUUUCUGAGGUGCCACCCCAAACUUUAAGGUAGCUAAACUUUUUUUUUUUUUUUUUUUAAGAUUCAAUGGCUUGUUCAUCCUCCAGAUGUGGCUGUUGAUGUAGACUUCGCAACGGAGUGUCUGAAAUUGUGGUGGUCCUGAUUUAAAGGAUUCAUAAUUAAAAUGUCUGCUGAAUAAACUUGGUUUUUGUUUUGGAAAA